UUUCCUCCACCGCUCACGCGCUUCCCUUCCCAGACCCCCCCCCCCUCUCCCCUCCCUCGCCACCGAACCACCAUACACCGAGCAGCCUCAGCUUCAUUCUCCUCUCUUCCCAUUCGGUCCCCGCGACUCGCUCCAGCCACAUGCCACUGCCCCGUGAUCCUCUUGCCGCCGCUGCCAUUCCAUUCCUCCCCACGACCUGCCGUGCUGAUGAUGGACGACCCGCCGCCCUCCUCGCUCCACCGGCUUCCCGUGCCGCCGCCGCUGCUUCUGCUUCUGUUGAUGCUGGUCUCCGUCUCCUGCCCGCUCGCCCGCGCCGCCGCAGCGGCUGGAGGAGGACUUGGUGGUGCUCAGGAAUGGGGCGCGAGCACGGACGCCGCUUCCGUUGAACUCAGAAAUUCGCAUCCAAGAAGACUGCUACAGAUACCCUUCCCACCAUCUCUCAUGCCGCCGACUCGAGCUCCUGGCCACAAGAAGCGCGGGCGUCACCCAAGAGCACCCUCGCCCGCUCCAUCGCCGUCGCCGUUCGCCGCUCCGCCGAAAGCCUCGCCAUUGUUAGCCCCUCCACAUGUGGCCAGGCC